AUGCAUACCAAACCCUCAAUCAACCUACUGGUGUUCCUAUGUUCAUCGUUUCUCCUCAACGUGUGUGACUCAAGAGGCCGUAAUAAUCCGACUGAAGAGUUCUACAAUGAUAUUGAAACAAGGCCCAUCCUGGUAUACCAGUGCUACGCCAACGGAAGCAGCGUUGAUCCCCCGGGCACCGUGAAUUUUACAGUUCUUUUUGACGGGACCAAUUCAACCACAUCGGUGGCCUCGGGAACGCUUUGGUCUGCAUCAAAGGGAGCUCCAAACUCCUAUGUGAGGGGCGACUUCCAGACAUAUUACGAUGCUGCUAGAGGUGUCGGUGUCCUCACCACUUCAACUGCGACAGAGGAUUUUACGCUUCUAAGAUCAUUCAAAGGAGAGUCACUUUACAUAAAAAUUGAUGUCACCAGCAAAAACAAUACUCAAGCGUACAAGAUAUAUGAUGUCGACUUCAAAUGCAUGAAUGCAAAGAUUCUCUUGCGUCAAGUUUGUCCUUUUCAGUGCAACAUGAAACUCACCCGAGAACUGUAA